AUGCUGCUGGAGCGUCAGGCCAACCUCAACAUCAACGUCAAUGCCAAAGACGUCGCAGUCAAGGAGCUUUUCUUCUCCUUUAUCGUCAGUUUCCUUUCCUCCUCUUGGCUGUUGGGUUUCUGGAUACUUUCUUCUUUCUCACUUGUAAUAUUAUUAAUCAUGGUUCUGGAGUUACAUGUCUGGGGUCCGGCGUUCGGCCUACCUUCGAUUGAUCCCCAAUGCCUGGCCACCAUUGCAUAUUUCUCUCUUGCUCUCGGUCCGAAUAAUGGUGGAUCAGACAAAUGGGUGUUGGUUGCAGACAGUGAUCCUGGAAGAGUGCCAACGCGUAAGAUUUCUUCUCACCCGAAAUACUUCAUUGAAACUUUUGUCUUUUAUAUCUUUUGCUUGAGCACCCCAGAGUAUGAACUACCUGCGCUUUGGACAGGCUCACGAUGGAUCAGUCGAUUUCGCAACAUUGUUGAUUUCUUGAAACAAUCCUCUGGGGGAGAAUGGGAUCUCAACAGGUGGAUGGAUGAACGGGAAACGGCUGACUGCAUCGCCUUCUCGAGUUUUAUUGAAUGCCAUGGACAACCGCUAAUUGACCUUUCGCUGUACGUUUCGAGUGAAAACUACUAUGCAAUUACUUCACCUGCAUAUGGAUCCCUUCUGCAAUGGCCGAACCAGUGGAUACUGCCGCCUCGACUACGAUCAAGGGCAAAGGCUCGCACAGAACACCUUGGACUAUCGCACCUUGACCUAGAUGCGACAGAAGAGAAGCAAAAGGAGCAACAAGAUGGACGACAGACGCUAUCUGCAUCAGGUCAGAUACCAAAGAGUCUUGCUACAAAAUCUCAAGAAACGAUAAGUGGGCUCCUAAGUAAGUCGUCGCAGCAAAGCCGCAUCCGACUAGAUGGAUUAACAGAAGAAUUCGUGAGCCCACUGGAAGAGCUACUGGACGGGAAAGGAUACCUAUUGAACGAUGAUAUGCCGUGUAGUCUAGAUUGUGUGGCACUGGGAUACCUGUCACUGGCGAUUUUUCCCGAGACGCCAUCACCAUGGCUUCGAGAAGGCGUGCAUAAAUAUUCGCCGCAACUGGUGAAGUAUUUUGAGAAGCUGCAAUUGAAAUGCUACGGCGGAAAGGUUGAAUCAGUCGAUACUGGUCGGACUGCAACAACACUGCCGUGGCAGGAAUCUGAGCCAGCAAGUAUAGCAGGGAUCGGUCUUAGUAUCGCAGAGUCUCUUGCAGAUGCCAUCCCAAUCGUGAGAGACAUACGAGCCAGCAGGCGCAUUCAACAGCUGAGCGAAGACGUUUCUGCUGAACGGGAGCAAAAAAUUAUAGAGUUAGUCGCCCAGAGUAGGCGACGGGAAGCUAUAACAUCAGCUUUGACGGUGGUAGCUGGGAUUGGGAUGCUUGCCUGGUAUCUCGUCGCAGGGAUAGGCCUCCAACUGCAGUUUUCUGACAGCGCACAGCAACAGGACGGAAACGGAGAUGGUCCCGAAGCUGCUGGUCAAGAAACAGCAGUAGCGACCCCAAGCUCGUCAUUUGGAGAAGCUGGCGAGAUGCUCGGGCUCCAUUAA